GUAUAAUUUUGGACAAUAUCGCGUACAGCGUGCUAUGUAAAUAAGGUUCGGUUAUACAUGCCGUUGAGGUGAACAUUGUACGACUUGGAAACUGACAGAGUUUGUGCACGGACCACGUUAGGCAACUGCCAGCCUUACUCAAUCGUAAGGUGGCCCACCACUGACCACUGGCCACUGAUAUGUGCGCCUCGACGCGAUCUCGAAAAAUCGACUUCUUACAAACUCUGCUCGAAACUCAAGUCUCAAAUAUCUAGCCGCCACAAUGCCUCCACGAAUAAACAUUCCUCCAGUCACUCGCGUGGUGCUUGUGGUUCUGCUUUUGCAGUCCGUACUAAGCGCUGCCGUGCGCUAUCGCCAGUGGUCCGCACAUUCCGAAAUCGUCGUGGAAUGGCUUACCCUCAUACCACAACUAUCGCUAUUCUACCCUUGGACCUUCCUGUCUGCUACGCUUGUAGAGAAUAACAUCUUUACAUUGGGAAUUGCAGGGCUCACUCUAUACCAUGGAGGGAAGUAUUUGGAGCGAGCCUGGUCUUCAAGAGAAUUUGCCAAAUUUCUUCUCGUGGCCGCCUUGAUCCCGAAUACAUUGACCUUCCUGGUUCUCGUCACAUUAUUCACGGUUAGUCGAAAUGAGGAUUGGACGUUAAUGACCAUUGCCGGCACGAUUCCACUUCAGAUUUCCUUUCUAGUCGCUUUCAGCCAACUUGUUCCGGCGCAUACCGUCACACUCUUCCGAGGCGUCUUGUCUAUGCGCGUACCCCGAUUCCCUCUACUCUACGUCGGCCUCGUUGCGGUACUAUCUCUGACACCGUUGCUCACGAGCGCAUCUCUACUUUUGGCUAUAUUCGGCCUCCUAGCAAGUUGGACUUACUUGCGCUUCUACAAAACUGUCUUCCCGGAUCUCGAUUCCUCUCAACCGACCUCUAUGCGCGGGGAUGCGAGCGAGACAUUUGCAUUUGCCGAGUUUUUCCCCGGACCCCUUAAACCGUUCGUUGCGGUAAUUACCGAUCAGAUAUUCUACUUGCUAGUUGCGAUGAGGAUAUGCACACCUUUCUCCCAGGCCGAUAUAUCUGCUGCGCAAAGCGGUAACUUCAUGCAGCGCACUGCCCAUGGAGGUGUCAGGGCCGAAGCCGAGAGACGGAGAGCCCUAGCUCUGAAAGUGCUGGACCAGCGGCUACAUGCUGCCACUGCAGGAACUAGUAGUACUUCGCGAAACCAAUCUCAACCUCCUAUCCAGCCUUCUGGCUCGACAAUACAGACCCAGCCACAAGCGAAUGCCCAGGCUGCGAUGACAUCACAACCUAACACAGUAUUAGGGGAGACUAACUACAACCCCGACCAGGACCAUGAUAAAGGUGAUUCUUGAAGUGAUUAGUUUUUGGUGGAAAUGUGAAGGAUGCCCCUAUAAUACGGGUUUCGAAGCGAGUUCGGAGUUGGAAUUAGAAAACCAGGCAUCUGGAUCUCAGGUCGAGUGGGUGGAGCAUUCUUGAUUGAACAACCCCGAAGUUUCGGUUGCGCUAGAAAUUCACGAGGCGGCCGGAUAGUCGUUGGUCCCGGGCUGGUUAUUCUACACAGGCCGUGGUGUGAAAGCUACCGUACAAGAUUACAUGGUUAUAUUGGUGUGGGGGACGGCGAAUGGAACUUGGUGUUUGGUACUUUAUGUCAGUUCCUACAAUACAUAUAAUAUUAGUACUGUUUAGCGUUUGGAUAAUAAGACAUGAGAUCAUACACCAUAUCCAUAUCGUUCAUCGCUUGUGUCCCCAUUAUGUAACCUUGAUUUCGAUGUUGGAUGGCCAUUUGCAUAUAUAUCCUUCUUGUUGAACUAAAUACCUACCUUGGUUCUAGGUUAUUUACUUUGAAAAGUAGGCGUUGGAAGUAUAUAUAUAUAUAUCAUUGAACAGUAGUAGUUUAUACUUGAGCAAUCU